AUGGCGUUUCUGAAGCGUAGUAGUCUAAUAGCUGCCUUCCCAGUGGCCAUGGCGAUAAUGGCCAUCGCAAGCACCACCACCUCAGCGCAGAACACGCCGCAGGACUUCGUGGACCUGCACAACCGCGCGCGCGCCGCGGACGGCGUGGGUCCGGUGGCGUGGGACGCCAAGGUGGCCAAGUACGCGCAGGACUACGCCGCGAAACGCGCCGGCGACUGCAAGCUGGUGCACUCCGGCGGGCCGUUCGGGGAGAACAUCUUCUGGGGCUCCGCGGGGCGGGCGUGGAGCGCCGCCGACGCGGUCAAGUCGUGGGUGGACGAGAAGAAGAACUACCACCUGAGCAGCAACAGCUGCGACCCCGGCAAGGUGUGCGGGCACUACACGCAGGUGGUGUGGCGCAAGUCCACCCGCAUCGGCUGCGCGCGCGUCGUCUGCGCCGCCAACCGCGGCGUCUUCAUCGUCUGCAGCUACGACCCUCCCGGCAACUUCAACGGCGAGCGCCCGUUCCUCGGCCUUGACGCGGCUGCCAAGUAG